GGUCGUUUAUCCCGGUUGUUUUCCAUACGACAUUAGAGGAACAUUUGCUUUUUUAAUUUCCUGUUUCGGACAGAUUGUAGCAGCGUACAGCGGUACCUUAUCAUAUAUAAGCGUAGACACGUUUAUCACGAUGCUGGUCCUUCACGUUUGCGCACAAAUUUCCAACCUCAGGCAUUCGCUUGAAGAUCUACCGAGCGGCAUGAACGAGAUGGCCAACGAUUUUACAAAUAAAUUGAUAUCGAUCGUGAAGGGACACGAACAUCUCAACUGGUACGCCCAAUCGAUCGACAACUCCUUUAACACGAUGUUGCUCAUUCAAAUACUGGGCUUCACCGUUCAAGUAUGCUUUGAGUCCUUUCAAUUAUUUCGCAUAAUGGAACAGGAUGGGGACAAAUUGCCUGUAGAAGAGCUGAUUUUUAUUGUACUGUAUGUACUUAUUACUUUGAUACAGUUAUACUUGUAUUGUUACGUCGGGGAAAUGCUUAUCGUCGAGAGUUCUGCAAUUGGCACAUCUGCAUACAUGUCCCAGUGGUACAAUUUAUUUCCAAAGGAUGCACGAAAUAUUUUUUUCGUGAUGCAUCGAUGUUCUAUACCACUUCGCUUAACGUUUGGUAAAAUCGGCACUUUUUCGAUGGAAACGUUUAGCCAGGUAAGUGAAUAUAAUGAAUAAGAAAGAGAUUACAAGAUCGUUUAAAUAUUUCUUUAUUUUCAUUCGUAGAUUUUGA